UCAACAUCGAAGAAGCCUACUUCUGCUUCUUUGCAAAACGAUCUUCUUUUAUACUUGAAUACACAUGAUGAAUUAAAUACAUGGUCAUAUGCAAAUGAACAUAAUAUUGAUCAUCAACUUGUCAUUGGUACUUUUCGUAGUAUUCAAUCGAUAGGUGAUAUUAUCAAUAUGGAACAACGUACAUCACGAUCAAUAGCACCAACUGAUGAAGGAAAAACCUUAAUUGCAAAUGGAAGUUAUGAAUACAAUUUAUUUCAAGCUGUUCCUUCUAAUAAAGGCAUUGAACAGUCCGAACUUAUGGUAAGACCUCUUUUUUUUUCUUAUGAUUGUUAUUUUAGUAUGUAGAUGUCGUAGGAUAAAUUAAAAUCCAGUUCAGUUUUAAAUCGAACUAGGAUAGAUUGAAAUUUUAAUUAUUCCUAGUUGAAAUUAAAAUUUUGAAGUCAACUAGUUGAUAUUGAAAUGGGUUGCGAAGUGAACUAGUUGACUUCAAUAUUUUAAUUUCAACUAGGAAUAAUUAAAAUUUUGAUCUGAGCUGUUCAUAGCAGACUAGUUGAUAUUAAAAUAUCUUGAUCCUAACUAAUAUUCAUUUCAAAAAAGAAAAAGAGUAAGUAUUUUUUGAAUAACUUUUGAUAGAAACUAAAUAGAGAGGUUUGGUUUUCACCAUUUAAAAGAGAAGAUGAAACUGUAUCGAAUCAUCUGUACCAGAUUUUUUUAAACAAAUGUUCUCAGAGUCUCUCGCCAAUUUCUUCAAAAAAAUCCAGGCUUUUGAAUAAGUUCAUAAGGUGAAUUUUUCGCUAAAAAAAUGAGAAAAAAGUCCAUUUUUUAUGAAAAAUCUACCGAUAACAUGCAGUAAAAUGUGUAUAACUCAUGAUUAGCUAUAGCUUACAACAUCGGACUUUCAGAAUGUAUAGAUCUUCAGUUAAAGAUUCUAAUGCACUCCCUAAAAUUAAGAUCAUAAAAAUUUUACAUUAAAAAAUCUUUUUUGUUUAACAAACUUGAUGGUAGACUGUGGGUAAACUUGUUAAAAAAAUCUGGUACAGAUGAUUCGAUACAGUUUCAUCUUCUCUUUUAAAUGGUGAAAACCAAACCUCUCUAUUUAGUUUCUAUCAAAAGUUAUUCAAAAAAUACUUACUCUUUUUCUUUUUUGAAAUGAAUAUUAGUUAGGAUCAAGAUAUUUUAAUAUCAACUAGUCUGCUAUGAACAGCUCAGAUCAAAAUUUUAAUUAUUCCUAGUUGAAAUUAAAAUAUUGAAGUCAACUAGUUCACUUCGCAACCCAUUUCAAUAUCAACUAGUUGACUUCAAAAUUUUAAUUUCAACUAGGAAUAAUUAAAAUUUCAAUCUAUCCUAGUUCGAUUUAAAACUGA